AUGGAUAAAUGGGCAUCUUUGAAUGCCGGUAUGCCCAGUCAUAUUCAUGCUGAUGAUUUUGACGUCCUUCCAUUUGGGGAUAACGACCUUAAAGCAUCUACACCCGAUUCUCAUCAACACAUUACGGAUUCAGAACCAGAUUCAGAACACUUUCGGCUGCUGACCGAGCUGACCACCAUACUCAGCGACAUUGUCGAUUCAUACUAUACUCUGAGAGCAACACAACGGACAUCUAAGGAUCUCUCAUUGUCACUUGAACUAGCAAGACCGCUACGCUCACGCCUUAAGUCUUGGAACGAUUCUUUACCUCCUUCUAUGUCUCUAAGACAACAUGAGCAUUUCGAUUCACGUGGUGUAGCUCAAUUAAGCGGAAAUCCAUCACUUUCACUAGCCUACAUCAUUGCAACCAUGACAUUAUUCCGAGCUCUCCUCCGACCUUUGGAAAAUUUGACAAGUGUAGAUGGGGAGGCAACAGUGGGUAGCCGUCUAGCCGUUCGAGCCAGUGCUAGGGAAUGUGCCAAAGAAGUCGUCGAAUUUGUAGAAAAUCUUAGCAGAGGGGCUUUGGAUGCCUUUUGGCAUUCCUGGUCUCGUGCAAACUUCGCAAUAGCAUCAUCAUUUCUCAUGCAACUCCUCGUUACAGCCGAAAAUGAAACUGAAUCGGCAGAAAUCAACGAAUUGGUGACUCGUUGGAGGUGGGCCAUGCGUAUUGGUAGCGGCAGCGCUGGAAACGGACUCAUGAGCUUGGGGUUACUGAGGUUAGAUGGCUUGUUAAUGAAGAAUAGUGGUGUGGAAGCAGGUGUAUGA